UUUGCAGUUGAGGCGGCUUUCACAUGGAGUUCGACAGGCAAUAAAAGGCUCGGCGUGGCCGUAGUCAAUUUUGCACUGCAUCAUCCGGCCUUUAUAGAGACACCUAGUGACAUUGUCACUGCAAAAUGAUCUUCGCAUAUCUUGCGGCCUGCUUUGCUAUUCUGCUCAUAGUCGGGCUCGUGAGGAAGGUGCGUUCGGUGCCGCUAACUCCCAGGCCUCACAGUAUCAAUUAUCAGGGUGCGUCCCUUCGCGCAGAUCCUUGGAGGACGUUUGCAAAUUUGUCGAAAGCUUUCGGACCGCUUUAUCACUUCUCCGAAUAUGGACGUCACAUCGUCGUCGUGAAUUCGCCCAAGGCUAUCUCGGACCUCCUGAAGAGGCGAUCUGCGCUCUAUGGAUUCCGGCCGGGAUGGUCUAUAGUCGGCCUGACUGGCCUGGACAAGCUUAUCCUGUUUGCGGAUCCCAGAUCGGAGAAAUUCAAAAAAGCUCGGGCUAUCGUAUAUCGUGCCGUAAACACUGUAUCUCAAGACCGUUGGGGCCCUUUACUGGAGGACGAAACUAAGGAACUGAUCAACAACCUGUCGCAAACUCCAGAGCAGUAUCAACAGCAUAUCAGAAGAUACAUGCACUCUUUCGUCUUACAGUUUGUGUAUGGCCUGAAAGUCACCGACCGUCACCUGCAGCUUGCAGGUCAUGUGGACGAGUGGGUCCUUCAAUCGUUGGCACCUGGAAGGUGGAUAUUGGACCGUUUCCCGUUCUUGGACUCUCUUCCAGGGUGGCUUCCGGGCAUGGGAUUCAAGUCUUGGAGCCGACAAUCGCGACAAAAAUUCGACGAAUUCACCAUAAAGCCGUACAUGAACGUCCGGGCGUCCUUGUCACGGGGCAUGUCCGUUGGUGGGAUCGUUGGUGACGUAUUGCAAGAAAUCACAGGUGGAAAGUCCGAAUUCGACGAAGCCACACUGCAAUGCGCUUCCGCGAGUACUCUAGUAGCCAGUACAUCUUCUAUGCAUACCUUGAUAGCGCGUUUCUUGCUCCAUAUGACAACACGGCAAGAUGUUCAAGAGAAAGCAUACGCUGAGAUCAUCAAAGUAAUUGGCACAUCUCGGCUACCCACCCUGGCCGAUCAACGAUCGAUGCCCUAUAUCAACGCCGUGAUAAAAGAGUGCCACCGCUUCAGCCCCGUCGUGCCAUUGCUCCCGCGAUCCCUCAACAAAGACGAUAUAUACGAUGGCCGACGCAUUCCCGGUGGUUCUUGGGUGUUGUUCAACCUCUGGGCGAUCGCGCACGAUCCGGAGGUAUAUCCAGAUCCGGAUACGUUUGACCCCGAACGCUUCAUGUGCCCCUCGGGAUCUGUCAAGGACCCUCGCGACUUCACAUUCGGGCUGGGAAAGAGGAUCUGUCCGGGGGCUAAUCUUGGGAACGCUCAAAUCUUCCUCUUCGUCAGUCAGGUUCUAUCCGUGUUCCAGAUCAAACCCGCUUUGGACGCAGAUGGGAACGAAGAAAUCCCUCCGUUGGCGUUUACGGCGACCACCGUAAGCGCUCCACAGCCGUUCAAUUGUCGCAUUAUUCCUCGGAAGGAAAGUGCGAUCUAGAAAUGCCACUUGUUGUAUAGCUAUAUAAGACGGGAAGUGUGGAUACGUGCGAAGUACAGAACCAAUGUGUCGACCAGAAAGUGCCCAGCAUCAUAAUUAUUUAUGUAAAUUUGAUCUUGGAUUUGAUGCUCUAUAUACCUUCGCAAUGUAGUUGAAUGUGAAUAUCUC